AUGCCACCGCGUCCCCAUAGUCCUUUGUGCACGCACUCAGCCCCACCGUUACCGGAGCCGAUGCAGUUGGACAUUUUGUAUUCGCCCCUCGCAGGGUAUGGGGGAUGCACGCAAACAACGAAGAGACGCGCCCGUUCUCAGGACUCCUGCAGAGCACACGGGCAAUGGGAGAACGCAUGUCCCCUCGAACUCAUAGCACCAUUGCAUCCACGGCAGAAAAAUGCACUGCAGUUGUCGAAGCCUUUUUCACAAGGACCGAAUUUCAUGCAGCAGUGUGCAACAAAGGGGGAAGCUUCUGUCCGGAGGAAUGUCAUUUUGUCCCCUGUCACAGCGGUGGCGGUCCCAGAGAAGGAAAAAAGAUCCUCCUCGGUCGAGGCGGCUCUAGCGACAAAAGCAACAUUCACCACAGCCCCGGGAUCUGGGUCGCCCGUAAAGAAAAAGAAGAAUAUCAGAGAGUGCGUGGCCUCACUAUCUAAUGUGCCAACUGCAUAUGAAGCCGCCCUUGCCAUGUACGGAAAAAUGCUGCUGAGCAUGACUCACAGAAGAAAAAUUGCGGAGCAACGGCAGAGUCGCAAACUUUUGAGCCGUCGAAGGGCCGUGAACGAGAAGUACAGCGAGUUGAGUCGACCACCAGUGGCGCUUGGUUCGGGGCGGCGUGUGUCAUCGACUCGCCAGAAAGACAGCGGCGCAGCAGCGCAAUGUCGGGAAAAUGGUGUUAGUUUCUCUGCGCCUAGUGUUAAGACAGGGAAAGUGGGCUCUGAUAGCGCUGCAGUGCGAAUUGAACCUGAUAAGGAGCUGUUCGUCAAGCGGGCAGCAGCGAGUGAUCAUCGAUGCUGCUCCCGCAAAACGGGUGUGGGUACUGCUGUAUCACAUGAUCGGGGAAGUGGCCAAAACGGAUAUCUGACGGGUGCUUUGACAGCCAGUGAUUCGGUGAGUGCCAACCUUGAGGUGGAGGUGGAGAACGGAGGAGCAGCUGCGGAGCAUAACAGCUGCUGCCAUUGGAAUGCCUCCGCGCAAAUUAGAAUGAAACAAGACCGGUGGGUACAGACUGAGUUUUUUUCUUCUUGCAUGCACCCCCUUGUGAACUUGUUUCCGGGGCGGAAGGAAACCACAACGGAGGGCGAAGCGAUGCUUCUGGGGGACACGUUUUAUGGGAUACUCCCUUUCACAACGCGGUCUCUUACCCCACCGCGGCCUCUGCGGCGUGCAUUUAAUCCCAAUCUCCGUUCCUGUUUCAUGUGUGAGGAACCAAGAAGGAACAAAAGUGUCUUUUUCCGAGUCCUCCCCGAGUCGAAGCCUUCUUAUGAGUCGUGGGCGUGUGCAUCGGCGGAAGACAAAUGGCACGGUACUGAGCGUUUUGGUCGUUCUCUGCAAGCCCCUCAAGAGAAGAAAUGCAUUGCAGAGCAAAAGGCUCUUGUGUUCAUUCGACCACAGCCAAAGCCACGCCCUUUGCCUCGUUACCAACAAUCGAUGCCCCACGGUGAUGAUAAUUUGUGGCACACGCGAGAGAUUUUGUUUGGUGCGCCUGUGUGGAAUAAUGACGAAAAAGGAAACGCAAUUGAAUUUGGUUCUUUUGAGUCUUGUGGAUCUCAAAGGAACGGGGGUGGUGAAUUACAGCGAAGCACCUUCAGGAAUGUCGUACCGCUAUAUGUACUUGAUGGGUUCGCACGUAGAGGCCUGCUGCGGAUGGCGUGGCGACGUUGGCGAGAGCGUCUCGGGGCUUAUCGAGUGUUGCCUCCAGCGUGUUUCAAGGAUGUGGGGCUUGCGGGAGUGGAAGAUGACACGACCCGUUGGCCACGGCUGAGGAAAUGGUUGGAUGAGGCUGCACUUCUGUCGACACUGCCGUGA